GCAGCGCAUGGUAGGUUGAAGAUGUGCUUAUUACAGAGAGCGCUGCUGCUCGGUGUCAUAGGCAGUAGAGCUUUCAGCAUUAGAGCCAUGUGUGCACAGGCCACUGACUGGAAAAGUGCCAAGAGCAUAUAUGAGUUUUCUGCCAUAGACAUAGAUGGGAAUGAAGUGUCUCUGGAAAAAUACAGGGGCUUUGUCUGCAUCAUCACAAACGUAGCCUCUAAAUGAGGAAAGACUCCUGUAAACUACACUCAGCUUGCGGCCAUGCACACCACGUACGCUGAGAAGGGUUUACGCAUCUUGGGUUUUCCUUGCAACCAAUUUGGAAAACAGGAGCCUGGUACAGAGGCUGACAUUAAGGAGUUUGCGAAAGGUUACAACGCAGAAUUUGACCUCUUCAGUAAGAUUGACGUGAAUGGAGAUAACGCUCAUCCUCUUUGGAAGUGGAUGAAGGAUCAGCCAAAUGGGAAAGGCACUCUGGGAAAUAACAUCAAAUGGAACUUCACUAAGUUUCUCAUUAACACAGAAGGACAGGUCGUAAAGAGGUACGGACCAAUGGACGAUCCAGUGGUGAUCGAAAAGGAUCUGCCCAAGUACCUCUAACCAGUGUGGACCAACCCAGCAUCAGUACUUUAUACUUCCUGCACUACUGUGGCCUAAUGGGUAUUUUUAGGUCUGUUCUCAGAAUAAUGACGGCCCUUCUGUAAACCUGUCAGGUAGGAUCGGCCUGAUGACCCCUGGUGUGCAAACCUUUUAUGAGAAGACCCACAAAUACCCAGAAAUCCCAGUAGAACGC